UGUCACAGGGGCUCUGUCUCAGCCAAGUCUUCCCCGUUUCUCAUCAAAACACCCGCUCUUCUCUUCUUCACUCUCAUUCUCCCUAUCCGCGUAUUUCUCCGGACUCCGAUCCCCAACUUGAUCUCCUCUCCGAUCUCCAAAACCCUAACAUUUCUCGCCGCCUUCCUCCCCAUGCAAAACCCUAACCGGACUCCCUUCAGAUCCUCUGAUCUCGUCUAUUGACGCAAUUCAUCUCGCCGACUAGAUCCACUCGUCUUUGAUCCCCUCCGGUACCAUCACCUACCUUGCGUUUUGCACGUUUCAUCUUCUUUCGUUUUCCGUUGAAUUGAGAAUUGAUAUAGCUCCAUUUGGUUGUUGGGGGGUGGCAGGGAAGGGGGAAUUCUUGGUGUUCUAUCUGGAAGGUUUAGAUUGAUUGAUCAGUAAGAAAACAUGGCAGCUCCUGUGCCUCCAGGGGCACCUAGACAACAACCGCCUACUGGGCCACCACCGAAUUUUCAGCAGAAUCCGAAUGCCUUAGCUGACAAUUUUCAGAAUAUGAACCUUAAUCGCCCCCCCAGUUCAAAUACCAGGCAACCGCCAUUCGGUCAGCCACCACCGUUCUCAUCCUCUGCCCCUGCAUCACAGAGACCGGGCCCGUUCCCUCCCGGUGCAGUUCCUAGACCGGCCUCGGGACCUCCAACACCCACGUUGCCACCAAAUAUGGCCCCUGGUAGACCGAGCGGCGCACCAUUUGGCCAGCCUCCUCCAUUUGGUUCCAGACCUCCUCCUCCUGGGGCAUUCCCUUCUUCUAUGCCUCCCUCUGCUGGGUCUCCUCCUUAUGGAGCACCGCCGCCUGGUGCUCGUCCAUCUCCUGUGAACAUGAUGCCUUCUGGUGCACCAAGUGGCUUUAUCAGUAAUGGGCCACCUGCACCGACUUUCCAGGGUGGGCAACGGUUUGCUCCACCUGGUAGUUCUCAGCAACAAGCUCCUAUGGGUGCUCCUCCAGCUAUGGGGCCACCAGGUCGUGCCCCUCCUCAAGCAGGGGCUAUGCAUCCUUUCAUGGGGAGUCCUGGAGCUGGUGCUUCGCAGGUACCUCCACUGUCGGGGAUGAAUCAAGUUGCGCCUACUUUUGGGGGACCACCUCAAGCGAUGUCAGGAUCUGUAGUUUCUCCUUAUGCACCACAGAUGUCUUCACAACCAGGGGUCCCUCCAAUGCCAGGGUCUAUGCCACCACCUAGAAUGUAUGGAAUGCCACCACCAAUGCAAAAUCAAAUGACUGCUAUCUCACCCGUUAUUGGUCAAACUGGAGGUACACAGCCAGGGGCGUCAAAGAUUGAUCCCAAUCAAAUUCCAAGGCCGAUCCCAAGUUCCUCUGUUAUCUUGCAUGAUACCCGUCAGGGAAAUCAGGCCAAUCCUCCUCCGCCGGCAACUAGUGAUUACAUAGUUCGUGACACUGGCAAUUGUAGUCCGCGCUACAUGAGGUGCACCAUCAAUCAGAUUCCAUGCACUGCUGAUCUUUUGACGACAUCUGGUAUGCAGUUGGCCUUAUUGGUCCAACCUUUAGCCCUUCCCCAUCCAUCUGAAGAGCCUAUCCAGAUUGUUGAUUUUGGUGAAGGUGGUCCUGUUCGUUGUUCUCGUUGCAAAGGCUAUAUAAACCCUUUCAUGAAGUUCAUUGAUCAGGGAAGGCGUUUCAUCUGUAAUUUGUGCGGUUUCACUGAUGAAACACCUCGCGACUACCAUUGCAAUUUAGGUCCUGAUGGUAGGCGUAGAGAUGCUGACGAAAGGCCUGAAUUGUGUAGGGGGACAGUUGAAUUUGUUGCGACAAAGGAAUACAUGGUGCGAGAACCAAUGCCAGCUGUUUAUUUCUUCCUUAUUGAUGUGUCAAUGAAUGCCAUUCAAACUGGUGCAACUGCAGCAGCUUGCAGCUCAAUUAACCAAGUGAUUGCUGAUCUUCCGGAAGGGCCAAGGACAAUGGUUGGGAUUGCAACUUUUGAUUCAACCAUCCACUUCUACAACUUGAAACGGGUGUUACAGCAGCCGCAAAUGCUGAUCGUUCCUGAUGUACAAGAUGUGUAUACCCCUUUGCAAACCGAUGUCAUUGUCCCAGUCUCUGAGUGCCGUCAACAUUUGGAACUGUUAUUGGAAAGUAUUCCAACCAUGUUUGAGAAUACUAGAACAUCUGAGUCAGCUUUUGGUGCAGCAAUCAAGGCAGCCUUUUUAGCAAUGAAGAGUACUGGAGGAAAGCUUAUGGUAUUUCAAUCAGUUUUGCCAUCCAUUGGAAUAGGAGCACUUGCUGCAAGAGAGGCUGAGGGAAGAAGCAAUAUCUCUGCUGGGGACAAGGAGGCUCAUAAAUUACUCCAGCCUGCUGACAAAACUCUAAAGGACAUGGCAGUUGAAUUUGCAGAAUAUCAGGUUUGUGUUGAUGUGUUCAUCACCACCAAGACAUACGUCGACAUUGCUUCUAUCUCUGUCAUCCCGAAAGUUACUGGAGGGCAGGUUUAUUAUUAUCAUCCAUUUUCAGUAGUUUCAGAUUCCGUAAAGCUUUAUAAUGAUCUUAGAUGGAACGUCUCAAGGCCUCAAGGAUUUGAAGCAGUUAUGCGAGUGAGGUGCAGCCAGGGAAUUCAAGUUCAAGAAUACCAUGGAAACUUCUGCAAGCGGAUUCCUACUGAUGUUGACCUACCUGGGAUUGAUUGUGAUAAAGCUAUAAUGGUGACUUUAAAACACGAUGACAAGUUGCAGGAUGGCGCAGAAUGUGCUUUCCAGUGUGCACUUCUAUACACUACUGUUUAUGGUGAGAGAAGAAUUCGUGUUACUACGCUAUCCCUGCCGUGCACAAGCAACUUGAGUAACUUGUUCCGGAUGGCUGACUUAGAUACUCAAUUUGUAUGUUUCCUGAAGCAAGCUGCACGUGAAAUUCCCAUCACCCCACCCUUGCACGUCCGUGAACAAGUUACAAACUUCUGUAUAAACAUUCUACUUUCAUAUCGGAAAUUUUGUGCGACAGUGUCAUCCUCAGGGCAACUUAUUCUUCCAGAAGCACUCAAACUGCUGCCUCUAUAUACUCUUGCCUUAAUCAAGAGUGCUGGACUAAGGAUUGAAGGGAAGAUAGAUGAUCGCUCUUUCUGGAUCAAUUAUGUAUCCUCAGUUUCUACUCCGUCGGCAAUUCCACUGGUUUACCCAAGGAUGAUUGCUGUUCAUGACCUGGAUACACAGGAAGUGAAUGGUUCAAUUGUUCCUGCUCCACUUCCACUAUCUAGUGAACAUGUCAGUGAUGAAGGAAUUUAUCUUCUGGAGAAUGGUCAAGAUUGCUUGAUAUAUGUUGGGAACUCGGUCAACCCUGACAUCUUGCAGCAAUCGCUUGGAGUUCCCUCGGCUGAUCAGGGGGGUGCUGAGUUCAACUUGCAGCAAUAUGAUAAUCCAUUGUCAAAGAAGUUAAACGAGGUGAUAAAUGAGAUACGCAGACAGAGAUGUUCAUUCCUCAGGUUGAGGUUGUGUAGAAAGGGAGAACAAUCAGGAAUGGCAUUCUUCUCGUACCUGAUUGAAGACAAAGUACCAACCGGCGGUCUCUCGUACGUGGAGUUCCUGGUUCAUAUCCAUCGGCAGAUCCAAAUGAAAAUGUCCUCCUAAAAAAGAAGCUCUGCCGGGGUUUUUUUGUUCGUGUGCCGGCUAGCUUUGAGCUAAUUUUUUUGGAUAUUAAAGACCAUGGAGUAUACUGGGGUUGGAAUCUUAUCAUUAUUCUAGGUAGAUAUAUUUACAGCAGAACAGGGAAGAAUGAGUCUGGUAGAGUAAUAAGAUUGCAGCGAGAGCUUCCUUCCCAAUUCCUUCAACCUUUCACAUGUUAUUUCUUCUUCCUGUCCCUUUUGCUUUUCUAGAUGCACCAAUUUGUCUCGUCGUCAGGCCCGUUCCUCUUUCUUGCAGCAGAGUAUACAGAUAAUGUGAUUUUUGUUGAGCGUUUGCCGAAAUACUUGAUAGUUCUGGUUGAACCUUCGAUUCUGGUCUUGUCAAUGAAAGAUGGAAGUUGUCGAGUUGGGGCUUGUAUUGAGCUCAAGUGACAUUGCCAGAGCGAGGCCAGAUUAAUGCCACGGCGUAACAAUUGCUUCUAAAGCCCUAAUUUAUUGUCUAAAGUUUUCGUCAAACAAUCUAUCGACGAAUAUAAUACUCUCCUGGUAAUUUUGUAUUGAAUUCAAUCAGUGUUAAGCAAAAACUAAAGGAGAACAAUUUCACCUUAUUGCUUCCCCUCAGUAGCAGACUGUUCAGGUCUCUUCCGAAACCGUUUCUUCUUCUUGGUCUCAGAUAAAACACCAGCGUACUUUUGAAGUACUCGUUCUUUCUCUCCUGGCAUACCUAGUAUCUCCUGUGCAUUUGCUACUCUCUGGACUAUAACCUUGUCAUGGAGUUUCCGAUCAAAUGCUUCCAUGUCCUUGAAAAGCUUUAAGAGCCUAUCUAGCAUGUUGUUUCUGUAGUAUACCGAUAUCAUCAUGCUGCAUAACUUCCAAGGCACGGAAUGAAGAUCUGUACCAACUUUCUUCAGCCAAGCAGUAUGUGCUUCCUCUGCUCGGCAGUCUUUAUCCAAUGCACGUAUUAGUUGCCCGUACGUUCCCAUUGUGUUUCCCUGAGCCUUGCUCAACAUCCAUUUAAUCACCUGAAUAAUCCGAUGCCACUGCUGUUCCUUCUCAAGAGCCAGCAAAAAGAGGACCAAUAGGAAAUUCCCGCUCCCAUGCAACCCAAGCAUCCGGAGCACCAUAAAUACCUUCUUUGUUAUCCUUGAGAUCCAUGAGCUGCAUAUAUGAAAUUUAUUAACUUGCCCAUAAGAGGUAACAACAUGAGCCAACAAACGAAAGUAAGUGAAAGGAUUAUAAGGGAUAAUAAAGUACAGUUAUCUCAAAAUAUAUGUUUGAAGCAACACACUGUAAGAAGCUAGUUUCUUUGGAUUAUGGUGAAUAUAGUAUAGAUAAUGUCUUAUCUACAUAUUAGGCUCUACCGCUGCUGAUGGUUCUACUAACUCCGAUUUCCUUUUCAUUUUAUUCAUACAUCCGCUACUACUAGCUCCAAGACAUAGGAUCAUGAUGCAAGGCAAGAAGUAAAGCUCACAAGGGUUAGUUUUUGUUCUUCUUCUAAGCUAAGCUACCCAGAAGGUGAAGCAAAUUCGUUAUCUUGAAACUGGGAAAUGGAUCAUAGGUACUGUAAGUCAGCUGUCUAACUACAUACAGCAUUGGAACCUUACCAUCGAAAUACCAGACAUGCUGGGCCAUUUUUCUAAGUCAGAAAGACCUAAGUAAUCAUAUGCUACAUCUAGAAAUUUUCUUUUUGUUCUAAAUCUAGACAAACGCUAGCAUAUUCUACGUCUAGCACUUUUCAACUCUUGGAAUGCUUACUGUGUUAAUAAGAAAGGUAGUCUUCUCCUUUCUAGAAAUAUUCUUCCCUAUUUUAUCCUUCUGCAUGCUUCCAGCAUUUUCGUCCAAAUUUUGGAAUGCAGCUUGAUGACUGAAUUGUGCCU